AUGAGCCUCAAGAACACUGUUGUUUUCAUUACCGGCGGCUCGCGCGGAAUCGGCGAGGCCAUCGCCAUCCGUCUCGCCAAGGAGGGCGCCAGCAUCGCCAUUGCGGCCAAGACCGCCGACCCGAACCCAAAGCUGCCCGGCACCAUCUACUCUGCUGCCAAAGCCAUCGAGGCGGCCGGUGGCAAGGCGCUGCCACUGCAGUGCGACAUCCGCGACGAGCACCAGGUCAAGGCGGCCAUUGACAGGACGGUUGAGACCUUUGGCCACCUGGACGUAGUGAUCAACAAUGCCUCAGCCAUCUUCCUGAAGGGCACGCUGGAAACCGACCCGAAGCGCUACGACCUGAUGCACGACAUCAACGGGCGUGGCACCUGGCUGGUGACCAAGCUAGCGAUCCCGCAUCUGAUAAAGUCGAAGAACCCGCGCGUGCUGACACUGAGCCCGCCGCUGGACAUCAAGCAGAAGUGGUUCGGCACCAACCCGGCGUACACAAUGGCCAAGUACAACAUGUCGAUGCUGUACGGCAUCGCAGUCAACGGCCUGUGGCCGUACACGGUCAUUGAGACAGCUGCCCUGAACAUGAUCUCCCGCGCAAAGAGCCGGCCGAACCUCCGCACGCCCGAGAUCAUGGCCGACGCUGCGCUGGAGAUCCUGCAGAAGCCCGCAUCGUUCACGGGCAACAUCUGCAUUGACGAGAUUGUCCUGCGCGAGGCCGGCAUCACCGAUAUGGGCAAGUAUGCGCUGACCCCCGGAACCAAGGACGAGGACAUGCUGCUGGACGGCUUUCUCAGCGAGGAGAUCCACGACCGCAUCCACCUGCUGCGCGGCCAGCGGACCCCGCCUGCCAAGCUUUAA